CCGUUGCUAUGGACACAGUAGCGUCGCAAUCAGCGUGGAAGGGUUUUUCCACAUUCGCUUCAAAAGGUUGCGAAACAGACUCAAAUGUGUUUUAAAAGGACGGUACUUGGACACAUACACCACGGAUCAUGGAGCAUGAGGAUGAAAUGAACGACUUACGGCUUCAGUUCCAAGCGCUACAAAAACAGCAGGAGAAAAGAAAACUGGAUCGGACAAAGGAGAAAGAACCAGAUAAGCUUAAACCCAUUGAAACCCAGGAUGAUUUGGAUCUAUCUAAGCAAGGUAUUCAGGCAGAGAAUGUCGAGCACAUACUACUGCAAGACAAACAACCUUUGCUAGACCAGCUGAGGGAGUUAAAGGAUGAAAAUGGUCGGCUCUUCAAACUACUGAGUGAGAAAGAUUUUGAAAUUAAACACCUGAACAAGAAAAGAGAAGAAGAGCGACUGGUAUUAGCAGGCACGUCGGGCCUGGCAGGGGAUAUCGCAGCUACCAAGAUUGUUGAGCUGUCCAAGAAGAAUCGAGAGCUUAAUGUUGAAAUUGAGCGAGAAAAAAUUAAAUCUAAGCAAAACAGCAACAGAGUCAAAGUGCUUGAGAAGGAGCUGCAGGCGGCGUUGGUGUUCUCUCCACCUGGGCAAAAGAUUAUUACAAAGUCACAGUACAAGACAUCAGAAGACUGUGAGCAGGAACAUCCAAUGGUGAAAUCUCUUCAGGAAAAACUAGCUGCUGCCCAGCUGAAAGCAACUGAGUAUCGCAACCAGGUUCAGUCCGCCAAACAGGAGCUGAAAGUAGCUCAGAAGGUUUUGACCAGUGAGAUUGGAGAGGAGGUCAACUUUCAGCAAUUACUGAACAGCCCUGGGAGCUUUAGAGGUCGAUCACAGCAAAUAAUGGCUCUUCAGACAAGGGUUCGGGACCUGGAGCAGCAGCUGAACCAGUCAACUCAGCAGAGACAGCCAAGCAUCGUGAGUUUGGAGGAAGAGCUUUUUGACAAGAAAGUCCUCCAGAAAACCCUUCCUCAAGAGAGGAACCUCAGCUACAUCCGCACCAUCGAAAAGGAAAAGAGGGAGGCAUAUGAGAGGAUCUCAGCGGACUAUGAGGCCAUCCUGAAGGACCAUGAGGAUGUGAAGAAAAAGUUGGAAGCCUCUAAAGCCAGGAACAAAUCUCUGUGUACCGAAAUAAAAUGUCUGAAGGUCCAGAUCUCCACCCUCCUGGAAAAGGAAAAACAUGAUAAUGAGCUAGUGGAUGCCCUGCUGAAACAGCAGUCUCAGAUGCAGGAGGUGCUGAGACAGCUCGGCCAACAGCAAAAUGUCCAGAGCCAGGAGACCCCGUUGAGACAACAGCAGAGCAGCGAGCCUUUUCAGCACAACGCUGUCAUCCACAGGCUGAGGCAGACCGUGGCUGAGAGAGAGGCCAGAAUCAAAGAACUGGAGGACCAAAUACAGCAGCUGUCUGUCGAGCAAGAGAGCGAUGAGAGGCAGUCCAAGACAACACUUUGCAGUUCAGGAUUUGCGCCUGAAGAGGGAGACAUUGACAAAAGAACAACAUGUUCAGGUUCUGUUUCUAAAUUCGGUCAUAAACUGGUGUUGCCUGCUGUGGGAAGCAGUAUAGAAUUCAAAGAAAAAGAGACGAACCAGGAGGAGCGCCGCACGAUCCUCGAAAAGCAGGUGGAGUCGACACAAAUCGAUCCAAAGUAAGGACUGGGCAGUCAGCAAGGGAAAAACUGGUAUGCAAAGAGCUCUGCCCCUAAGAAGCACUUUUCCCCCAGAACCAGUGGGGCAGCAGUCGCCGAGCAACAGGAACUGGUAGAUGGUCGGAAAAAUUGCUUGUCAUUUGUCAACAUCUUACUUUAAAAGAAGCAAGAUUUUUGUUUUUCCAACUCAAGAUUUGCACAAGAGGACAGAAAAAAUGAUGCCUGGCAAAGGACAUAUUGUUUAUGGACAGUGCUCAUUUCAAGCCCUCAUGUUUGGGCAGCACAGAGAUGUCCAUGUUGCUUUUGUUUGUUGUCUCCUGGUUGGUCAUUUAGCUGGAGGAAACGCAGGCGCUGAGGGCAUCGCUAAAGAGCACUCUCCACCAUGACUGGCAGCUCUGCAAUGAAGCGAUGAGACAAGCCAAGCAUGUUUUCCUGCAGGCUCUGUGACAGCCCAGACUAGACACUAACCAGGGGAACUGGCCGGUCCCUGCUCAGCCUCACUUCCAGCUGAGCCCUACCUUCUCCUGUCACAUGUGACACACAGCAGUCUGCAGGAAACAGGCUCUCCUCCUCUGCCACAAAAAACAUCACACGGAUCGAGGUCUUUUCCUCCAUUUAAACCUUUCAAGACGGUUUCUGUUGGUUCCUUUGUGCUUUUGGCGAUUUGAGUAGCAGAGCUUUCAAGUGUAACCGUGGUGUGACAAGUGUUCCUACUGAUUACAGACAUUUUUGAUUCAGAUUUUCUCUGCUUGCAGUCACGUUUCAUUGAAACUCUGCAUGUGUUUUCCUCUGCGGGUAACCUGAAGUGCAUUACAUGUAUAGAAAGCAACAGUCUGUUUUGUAAGCUAUCCGCAAUGUCCAAUUUAAUCAAUGGAAGGCAAACCCAAUCUUUACCAAAUGUUUUGAAUAUAUUGUUUACAUUCAUGGCUAUGACUUUCCUAGAGUUAUGAGUUUUUUUUGGCCCCAGAUGGUUGUUCAUAAAUGUGUGACAGGCCAAGCCAAACAGUAAAAACCCCAGUUAAGUUCCCAUACAUUUCAGUAUUACUUUUUAAAUAUUCCUGCUAAUCAUUUCUGACUUAAAACCAGAUGUGUGGGAAUAGUGGUUGAAAAUGAAUGAGGGCUCAAGCUACACAAACUCCCACUGUAGUCCUCCGUACAGUCCCCAGAGCGUGUCACACGUAUGUACAGAAUGCACGCCUCGCUCCUCAACCCAAAGGUUGCUUGGACGUGCGCAGCCUGGUGGGACUGCGCUCCACAUUCAAACUAACAUCCGAGUUAUUUUCUUCCGAUGUAGCCAAAAGGAUUUCAGCAGAAACCCCCCUUCCACCUUUCCUCUCCCUCCACAUCACGCUUAAUUUAAAACCAUGGCUGAGUUAGUGUGCUGCUUCAAAUACCGCACUAUUUCUUCCAGGACCCUGUGGGAGAUUGGCAGGUCCCCAUUGGACUGAGCGAGAAAAGUGCCACAAGACAAAAAUAUCAGAGUUUGGAUGUGAUGAAGAAAGCCUUUAUGCUCAGAGUAACAAAAAACAGCUUGUGUUAAAUACCUCCUGGAUAGAAGGUGAGGCACGCUUUAAUGUAGUAGAGGGAGAUGUCAUUGUAGGAACAGAUGAGAUACCAUUAGCUUCAUGACUGCAUGCCUUGCAGGAUUGCCUAAUACAUAUAAUGUUUUCAAAAUGUGCGUGAGAAAAGGUGUUGGUGAAAAUACGUGGUCCCUUCCUGCAUUCAAUUCAAGAGAACAUGUUGAACUUAACACAUUUUUGUUUAGGCGUGCUUUAAAUUGUCUGCAGACAAUCUUAGCCAUGACUCUCUUGUAAAAUAGAUUUUUAACUUAAAUAAUCUAAUAAUAUACAACUUCAUAAUUCAGUUUUGUAGAGCAUGUCCAAUAUGUUCUCAAACAUUUAAUACAAAGCUUAUAUUUGGUGAUAGAGAGAUAUUACAAGCUAUUGGAUCUGAAUUCAAGCUCAUUGCCGUUCAAUAUUAAUUUCACUGUUUCAUUUCAGUCACAAAUUAAUGUCACAGAUAAUGUGGUUGAUUACAUUUUUUUAAUAGUGUCAUCACUUUCAAAUAAAUUACACUUCCCCAAACAAUUUUAAUAUCGUUUUAUGUAGCUGUAUUACGCAGAAAGGUGUAGAUUUAUUCCAAAAUGCCCAAUAACCCACCAAACCAAACACAAACUUAUGUAAACACAGCAUACGUAAACAGCCUCACCUAUUUGUCAUUCCAGCUUUGAAUGACUCCUUUCUCCAUCCUUCUCCUCAGAGGUAUUCCCUCGUUCUGGACCAAUGCUUCCUGCAGACCAUUGACUGCAUCCAGAAACUAAAGUAAAUAGUGGAGCCGUGAACGCAGAGGUUAAAGUUAGCCAUCAGUAUAUGAGGGUUCUGUGAACUUUACUCAGGCCAGCAAACGGUUUGUGCCUCUAUGAGUCCAUUCAUCUCCUAGUGCUUCUCAUUUACAUGUAAUGGAAAGAAAAUAAACAGUGGUGUCCUAAUGUGCUCAUUUACAGUAAGUAGAAAUAAAGUAAUGGGCUGUUAUCUUUACUAAGCAAGUGGUGAAACACUGAUAAGCUCAACAAGUGAAAUGUUGAUCAUAGUGUAUGUAAAGCAGGAGUGGAAUUGUUGCUGACAAUAACUUCUACAAUAAAGUAUGAUGGCGUUUUACUACAAUCACCCACAAAUGUGUAUUUGAAACUCAGUAAGCAACGUUGGCUUUUAAAAAAAUGAAGUUUGUAUCAUGUCAAUACAGCAUGCUCUUUUUUAGUCUUGAUUAUCUCAGCAGGAUGGCAUCACUAGAUGGCAGUGUGGUUGGUCAUAUCCUGCACAUCAACCUCUUGUGAUGGGUUGUUCUGACAGUCAGUGACUUGUUGACUUGUCCAGUAAUAACACUAUCUGUAGCCAACAAUGCCACUUAAACAAUCGCUUUGUACUCUGUUGUACACAGCAAUGAUGUGCUAUUAAUACUGUACAUUUGAACUGUCAUUAGGAUUACCUAGUUGCGAUUAAAUCAAUAGAUAUUAACAUGAACAUGAUCUCACUGCUUCUGAAAGCUAUGUUGUGAAUUAAAGAGUUGAUAAUUAUGAUGUCAAAUAAUGAUACACUAGCAAUGUAAAGAUAAACACAGCUGUGACAUUACUGUAGAAUAUCUUGCUUCAAUUAAUCAAACUGACACUUAACACAAGCUGACUAUGAAAUGUUGACAGCAUAGAAAACUGGUAUGCAUUUUACUAUAGCAUUCUCUCUGCUGCUUGCAGCUUUCCUCCCUCCACAUCGCUGUACUAACCUAGCCGUCACACUUGACUCUGAAAUCAAAUUGCUUCCUAUGUUCUGUCAAAUGUUCCGUCUUGGAAAUAAUCAAUUUCUCCAGGAAACACUCAGCCUCACGUCGGAUGACUGUCUAUACCAUGCUAUUUGUCUCCAAAUCCUACUGUGUAGUUUCCUAUUUUGUUUUAUUAUAUUAUAUAAACACCUUGUAUUUUU